UAGAAGCACUCCCGUAUCAGCAAUUAUCAGCGACGGUUCCAAUCUCCAGAUAUACCGGCGGGGAAACGGAAUCCCGGCGGUCCCCUCGGAACCCGACGACCAAACACUAAGAGCUUCAGAGUCAACUCAUCACCGACCAUCGCGCUCAACAUCUGCCCAGGGGGGGAAAAAACAAGCUCCACCAGAGCCGUUCGGAGACGCUCCCGCUGAGUCCGCGUGGAGUGACAGCGUUUGGCCGAUCCGUUGACUGGCUCAAGGACCCCAACUGCUUUAUCACCCGGUCGCCCUUAUCUGGACAAGAAUUACAUCAAUAAUCCCAUUAAGUGGUUGGCUCCAAAAGGCCCAGGCAGAUUAAUCUGAGGGUGGACACGGUUUCCCCAAACGGUUUGUGAAGAUGUAUCAGAGCCUGGCCAUGUCCUCCAAUCAGUCCCCGUACGGACACGACACCGGGAAUUACAUCCACCCGUCGGCCAGCUCUCCGGUCUACGUCCCCACCACCCGGGUCCCCGCCAUGCUGCCCACGCUGCCCUACCUGCAGACCUGCGACUCCACCCACCAGUCCCACGGCCUCGGCGGGCACCACGGCUGGCCCCAAACCGGCGCGGACGGCUCCUCUUUCGCGCCCGGCAGCCCUCACCCUCCGCACGGCUUUUCGCACUCGCACAGCCCGCCAGUCAGCAGCAACACCGGCCGGGAUGCGACGUACCAGAGCCCGUUGGUCCUCGCCAACGGCGCCCGGGCGGACCAGUACGGGGGCGCCCUGGUGCGCUCGGUCGCCGGAUCGUACUCUAGCCCUUACGCGUACAUGAGCCCGGAGAUGGCGACGUCCCCCUGGACGCCAGGGCCGUUCGAGAGCGGAGUGAUCAGCCUGCAGGGGCGGCACGGAGGGCUGUCUGGUAGAAGGUCCAGUCUGGACCUGAUCGACGACAUGUCCACCGAGGGCCGGGAGUGCGUCAACUGCGGCUCCGUGUCCACGCCGCUGUGGCGCAGGGACGGCACCGGACACUACCUGUGCAACGCCUGCGGCCUCUACCACAAAAUGAACGGCAUCAACCGGCCGCUCAUCAAACCGCAGAAGCGAUUGCAGACCACGUCCCGCCGCGCCGGCCUCUGCUGCACCAACUGCCACACCAGCACCACCACUUUGUGGAGACGCAACGCUGAGGGGGAACCCGUGUGUAACGCCUGCGGCCUCUACAUGAAGCUGCACGGGGUGCCCAGACCUCUGGCCAUGAAGAAAGAGAGUAUUCAGACAAGGAAGCGCAAACCCAAGAUGACCAAAAAUAAAACGUCCACAGGUUCCGCUGCCUCUGACACCAGCUCCCCGACCUCCCUGUCAGCCUCAGAACACGCCUCGACCAUUAAGAGCGAGCCCAGCAUGGCGCCCUCCCCGUACACUAGACAGACGGACACGUCUACCACUCAGCAGGCGGCAUCCCACUUAGACAGCCCAGGAUCGGGACACGUGGACAUUAAAUACGAGGAUUACCCCUUUACCCUGAGCUCCAUGGCCCCACAGAACUCCUGGUGUGCUCUGUCUCAAGCGUGAGGCCUACCGACGGCGCUCUUGAGCGGUGGGAGACAGUUGGGACCGGAUUAUGGCGACAUGUGUUUUGGCACAUCUUUCGGACACCUUGAUCUUGUCCGGUUGCCAUGCCGUAUCCGAUGGCUCUGUGAUGGGAUACGUGGUACCUCCAGUGCCGCCAGCACGACUCCCCCAGGGGGAAGGACUCAGCUGAAUUAGGACUUGAAAAAAGGGACGCUCGCUCUCCUGAACUCUCCCCCAGCCAGCCCCGUUUAUUCAGAGGGACAGCAACAACUGCAUUUUAGUCAAAAAAAUCUUAAUUACUAUUAAGCCAAUGUAAAGACAAUCAAGUGGAAUGUAAUGGACACGAUAACCUCUUUUUUUUACAGCGUAUUUUAGUUGGUUGUUGUUGCUGGUGUUUGUGGACACCUUCCCGUGGUCGUGCAUGAUAACAGAAUGCGAGCAGUAUACGUAUAUCAUUGGUAUCACAUGAAAAAAAAAUGGAAAGUGGGGAGAAAAAUAGAUUUUUUUUUUAUGGCUGUUGAACAUUUCUCAUUACAGGCGUGUAGAUGAUUAACCUUUAUGGGCCCAUUAUUUAUGUUGAGAUAAGGACAGUUAAAAGUCAUGUGGACACUAAAAGCAACAGAUAUCGCCCCACUGCUCCCUGGUCUAGAGGCCGGUGUGUUGACGCUUAUGUUGUGUGAGUGACCUCACAAGACACAAGCUCCAUCUUGUACAAUGUAUUGGACAAUGAGCGAUCUUCUCGAAUCUCACAUCAUAGAACAAAUAUUAAAAGUUUGUUUUAUUUGGUGUUCGACAAAGUGUAAUGACUCAACAAAAUUUGUGAAAUAACCUAAUAAUCUAAAAUUAUUGUCUGUAUUUUGUCAAUAUGUAAGAGAUUUAUAUUGUUGUAAUGUUCCAAAGAAUUAUCUCUUGUUUCUUCUCUUUUCUAUGCUCUUUCGAAUCUUUUCAGGUUAAUAAACCGCUGCACGCAGUUUAUAUUUUGUGUAAAUUUCCAAAAUGUCUUCAGUGUGGUGUUCCUGCUCAGCGAUGGGAAUAUUCCCUAUUCCCCCACACAUAGUCCUCGUCAGCACCAUCACAAUGGCGACAUUAAUCAAAUUCAUCUUUUAACUUUCUCUUCCAUCACUUCAUGAAAUAAUUGUUUUAACAUUAAACAUCUAGCUACCUCAUCCUAAAUUAUAUGAUCUUUCUUGUAUUGUGUUAUCAUUUGGUUAUGAAAUUUGUUUCAACCACUUAUCUGUUAUUUUAAACACUGUACUUCUAUACAUUUCAACCAUUAAUCAAAUAUUUUUAGCAAACUAUUUUGACUCAGAAACUCAAUUGUGCGCAAACUAAUGGGUGUGAACGAAUGAAUGUUUUUACGCAUCUUACUGGUCAUCGAAAGAUCAGCAUCUGCUUGAUUGUUUUUGUUUUAUUAGCUAAAUGGGUCAUUUUUAUCUAUUCUGUGCUCCACUUAUAGUAGAAUCAUUUGGCCAUUUAUUCUCAUAUUUACCAUUUUAUUUAGUCCAUGCUCCACUGCACACACCAUAUGUGUGUGUACAGGGAUGGUGUGUUCUCUUGCUGGUUGCUUAAGCUGCCAGCGUCGACCAAAGGUUGCGUUUCAACUGUGCUUUAUGGGUUGGAAUUGAACGCAGCGUGGAGGCAACAGAGCUGCUUUACUGCCGCGCGGCGACAUCCAGGCACCGGUGCCUCAGCGGCUCUGCCUUGCUUUAUGGCUGUUGGCCAAGAUGUGGCCGUGUUAUCUGUUAGUGGGAGAGGUCACUCGUAGUUUCAAAUGAAGAUGCCUUAUUUUUUCAGUCUGGUAGAGAAAAAGGUAAAGUUGGUUUCAAAUAAAUUGUUAUUUGCUGGUUAAUUAAGAAAAUGUAAAUGUAAAAAUGUCUAUUACUGUGAAGCCAAGGAUAUUGUUUUAUGAACUGAUUCCUGUAUUGGAUUUAAAAGAAGCCACAUCAAAAUGCAUAGAAUUUUAAGUAAGAAGGGUCAAAAUUGUCUUUAUCCCACUUUGGUUUACUAUAUAAACAGAGAAUGAAAGUAAUAAAUGGUUUACAACAUACUGUAAAGCAGUUAUUAGAUAAACAAUUAUUUAAUUGAGAGAAGCAGAUAAUGAAUGAGAAAUAUUCAAAAUACAUUCAAAACGUGAAGGUAAUAUUCAAUAUUCAUUCUUGAACCCCAAAACAGUACUUUAAAACUGUUUUACUUACUCGCAUGCUUGCUUUCUUCUGCUAUAUUGCAUUCAUUAUCUUUACUUUAACAGUUGUUGUUGUUAUGUCCACUUGCAAUGAUUUAUCUUGGCAGUUUAUUCGUGUACUAUUUACCUGUAAAGUAGAUAUUUGAGAAGUUCCUAAAAAUGGAAAUCAAUCCUCUUAACAGCAUCAAUGUAAUAAAAAUCCUCA